AAACGAGCGAGCGAGCGAGCAAGCAAGUGCCCCCGAGAGCUCUCUAGUCGAGAAACCGAUCUGCACGAGGCCAUUCGAAAGAUAGGAGAGAGCAAGCGAGCGAACGAGAGAGAGAGAAAGAGCGCGCGAGUGAGCGAACGGACGGACGAACGAGCGAACGAACGCACGUACGGACGGACGGACGGACGUACGAACGAACGAACGAACUGACGGACGGACGGACGGACGGACGGGCAAGGCAUCUCGUAGCGCUAGAUUCAGAGCACAUGGGAUCAUCCGGGCUCGUCUCGAGAUGAACGGUGAUUUCGGGUACGUUUACAUGAAUGGGGACAUCGGGAAGCUGCCACCAGGGGCGGUCUACCCAGCCACCCCUGAACCACUGGGUCCACAGGUUGCUGCAGGUGCAGUUGCAGGUGGCAGUGUGCCUAAUAUAGACUACGGAGUCAUGAACGGCGCGCCGACGAGCGGUGGCGAGUUGAUUCUUGACGCCGGCGUCGGCAGCCUGGAGCCAUCGCCCCAACACGCUGUAAGCAUGCACGGAGGCGCUGUCGGCUACAGCCCGGUGGACGUUGCCGCGUUGAGCGACGCUUCUGCCGCCCCGCCAUCCGUGCCGCCAAUGACAGACCUCAAUGUCCCUGGCAUACCUCUGGAGCAACUUAAACAGUUGCUCUCUUCGCAACUCGAGUACUAUUUCUCCAGGGAGAAUUUAGCCAACGAUACCUAUUUGUUGUCACAAAUGGAUAAUGAUCAGUACGUGCCGAUAUGGACAGUAGCGAAUUUUAACCAAGUAAAAAAACUUACAAAAGAUAUUAAACUUAUAACAGAGGUGCUGCGGGAAUCUCCCAAUGUUCAAGUUGAUGAGGAGGGACAGAAAGUCAGGCCCAAUCACAAACGAUGUAUUGUGAUACUUCGCGAGAUACCAGACAGCACUCCGCUAGAAGAUGUAAAGAAUUUAUUUUCUGGAGAAGGAUGCCCGAGAAUUAUCUCGUGCGAGUUUGCUCACAAUAGUUCGUGGUACGUGACGUUCGAAUCCGACGAGGAUGCUCAAAAGGCCUACCGGUUUUUACGUGAAGAAGUUCGGGAAUUUCAGGGAAAGCCGAUAAUGGCGAGAAUCAAAGCUAAACCAAUGAACAGGCUACCGAUACCGACCGUGGCCAGUGUAAGUGGUAUAAAAAAUGGCUACAGAACUCCACCCCCUCCUCCUGUCUAUGAUCCAAGCAGUUACACGGCCGGACAGCAACGUUUUCUCUAUACCAAUGGCACGACUAUGCCUCAGACGACUAUACCGGCGUAUGCGAAUCAGGUUGUUUAUCAGCCAUUCUAUCCGGCCGGUAUGAUGCCUUGGGGACCAACUAGUCCCUAUUUCGAGGUGUCCAACGUUUUUACGAUGAACGGAAUCACGCCGCACAAUACGUUCACGCGUUCAAAUCCGAGAUAUACUCCUCGACAUAGAAAUAGACAAAGAAAUGGUUCCGAUCGAAACUGCUUAAUAGACCCGGCCAAUCCUAGCAACAACAGUAAUAAUCAUCAUCACCAUCACCACCAUCACCACCACCAUCAUCAUCAAUCGUCGUCUAUGCCGGCGCUGAGUAAUCGAAGCUCUCAUCCUUCUGUGACUGGCGGCGGCGGUGGCGGCGGCAGCAGUGGUGGUGGUGGCGGUAACAAUAGCAACAGCGUGUCCUUGAGCUGCUCCACAUCCACUUACCACGCUUCGAGUUUGCCACCCUCGAAAUCGCCCUUAUCUUUGUCCUCUUCUUCCUAUCAGUCCGGCACAAAGUUCCAUUCAUCGUCGUCCGCCGUAUCGUCAGUUGACCACGCAAAAGGAGCCUCUUCCACGUUGUCCUCCGCGCAGGACCAGGACGCAACGGCGGCGGUCGAACCUACUUCUACAACCUCCUCCUCGGUGCCUCCUUCGUUCGCACGCCAUCGUAUCCAUCGCAGGACCAAAGAUCAGGACACGAAGGUGGGCACUGGGAACAGCCAUUCGCUGUCGGCGAUCAAGGAAUCCUUGCCGACGAGCGGUGGUGGUGGCGGCGGCAGCAAUAGCAACUGCGGCGGCAGUGGCGGCAGCCGUAGCAGCGGCGUGCAGUUUGACCUUGAGGCGGCCGCUUUUCCACCCCUGCCUGGCCUUGAUCCCGAUCACGGCAAAACGUCGACGGACGUGGCCAGCGCUGGCGGCGUCAGUGGCACAGAGUCCUCGUCGCAGAAUCGAUUGUCUGACGUUGUCAAGGGUACCGCCAAGCUCAAGACCGUCAUCAAAGACAAAGAGAGCCAGCCGCAGCAAUCUCAAUCGCAACAACAAUUGCAGCAGCAGCCUGCGGCGCCUGCAUCUGCGCCAACGGCGAUAGCGGUCGUGAGCACCGCCAGUAGAUCCGCUAGUCCUGGAGCGAGCAUCGGAGCAGCAUCGGAGACGCAGGGAAACGUUGCUACCAUGACGACGAGCUCUGCGAACGCCACGACGCAUCAUAUCCUUAACUCGCCGACGGCCAGCAGCAACGAGAACACGUCAUCGCCGACGUCGUCGGCCGACGUUGCCGCGCUCAGUACCGUCGCGCUCACUCCCCCGUCAUCUCCUGAUAAAUCUAUAAAGACUGAUGACUCGAAUAUGGUGAACGGUGUGGACGACGCUGUAGUUGCGAAUACACACCUGCUGGCAGCGGCCAUGUCGGCGAUAACGACGGCUACGGCGACGAUGAUAACGGCAACGACGACGUCGACGUCGUCAGCCGCGACGACCACGGACGACGUCGAGACGGUGACCAGGUGUGACUGUAACAAUGUCGUCGUCGUCCCACCUCCUACUGCCUCUUCACAAAACUCCCAAUCGCAAACUGGAGUAGCCUCUGCCUUCCCUAUAGAUCUUACGAGGCCAAGCUAUGCCCAAGUAGCGCAACAUUGCCGUGAGCUACCUUGUACAAAACACAAAACAGAUGAAAGGGAUAGAAAUGUUUAAAACUGCACGUGACGACAGAAGGAAAGACACCUUGAGCGGCGGAAGCAGCUUAGGUAUAACGAAGCAAGAAGCCAAAAUCUACACGGAUUACCGCGCGUCAACGGGGUAAUUAAACGAUAAUUAGCUGUGCUAUAUGUGCUAUGACGUCAUCGCCAUCCUCUCGAGUCAUCGGAUUGGAUCGAGAAUCAGGAUAUCGAGCUCGCCGCUGCUUUUAUCUACCUAUCUCUAUCUCCCCCCUCCCUACCCCAGUACUCCCUUCUCAGACCGACGCCGUCACGUGCUGCAGGCAUGAGGAAGAGAGAACUUUUUACAUUGUACAGUGACGUCUCGCCUAAGAUCAACGAUCGAUCGAUCGACGAAUCGAUCAAGAGAGAAAGAGAGAGAGAGAGGAAGAAAAUGAAUGAGUGAUAGUGUGUGUGUGUGAAAAUGUAUAAAACUCGCCGCGCACUAUUGUAGGCGUUACUAUUACAGGGUGAUCGGAGAGUCCCGCGAGGCAAGUUUGUUGCCGCGGUUUGAUGAUGUUGAUGAUUUUCAUCGAUAUACUCGUUUAAUCGAUCAACAAUUGUGUUUUAUUCGCUUUAUUGCAAUUUUUGAAAUGCAAUAAUUGGAUUACUGUUUAUUCGCGAUUGGAGGAUUUCUUGAAAAAUUUAGAAAUUUGUUCUAGGAUUUAAGAAAUCGAUGAUCUAAACAAUGCGCGUUGAAUGGACAAAAAAAAUCCAACUUGGUAGCCUGGCGACUCGAAGUAAAUAACGCUCCGGUCGUCAGGUCGCUAACGAAAUAAUUAUUAUGCUGGCAAAAAGAGAUUGACAAGAGGAGCAAUCGGGGGAUCGGAAGCAAAUUUAGUGUCUGAGAUUUUAUACCGCGUAUUUAACAAAACCAAUUGAGGUUUGCAUCGAAAAGAGAUUUAAUAUUUUAAUUGAAUAAAUUUUGAUUUCUCAAUCUUAUACGCUCUUGAAAUAUCUCGGAUUUCCUGAUUCUUUCUUGCGAUUUUCCGCUUCUCGAGCUGCUUUUCGAGUUUUUAUUACUGAUUUUUACUCUUACAAG